AGGUAGCUACUUUGAGAAGGAAUCGUGUAUGUGAUUUAGUUUAGCAGCACUAGGUGACGGUAUUCGCAGGUCCAGAGCCAGCUGAAGAUUGAGGGAAGUUCAGACAGUUGGCACUCUGAGGAAAAAGGUCUGCAGCCGUCGAGAGCAAGAACUGGGAAUGCAGGAUGGCGGCGGCGAGUGAAGCCAUGUGCCUGGAGGGAGAUGAGUGGGAGCUGAGUAAAGAAAACGUACAGCCCUUACGGCAUGGCCGGAUCAUGUCCACACUUCAGGGAGCUUUGGUACAGCAGGAGUCAGCUGGCAACGCUCCUCUGCAGCAGCAGAAACGGGCAUUUGAAUCUGAAAUCCGCUUUUACUCUGGCAAUGACCCUCUGGAUGUUUGGGACAGGUAUAUUAAUUGGACAGAACAGAACUACCCUCAAGGGGGGAAGGAGAGUAACAUGUCCAUGUUACUAGAGAGAGCCAUAGAAGCACUCCAGGGGGAGAAGCGCUAUUAUAGUGACCCCCGGUUCCUCAAUCUCUGGAUCAAAUUGGGGCAUUUGUGCAAUGAGCCUUUGGAUAUGUACAGCUAUUUACAAAGCCAAGGAAUUGGUGUUUCCCUUGCCCAGUUCUAUAUUUCAUGGGCUGAAGAAUACGAAGCUAGAGAAAACUUCAAGAAAGCGGACAUGGUAUUCCAGGAAGGGAUUGAACGCAAGGCUGAGCCCCUGGACAGACUGCAGUCCCAGCACAGACAGUUCCAGGCUCGAGUGUCCCGACAAGCUCUCUUGGCCCUUGGGAAUGAAGAGGAGGAGGUCUUGGGGUCUUCUGAACCACAAAGAAGCACACUGGCUGAGCUGAAGAGCAGAGGGAAGAAGAUGGCCAGAGCGCCCAUCAGCCGUGUUGGAGGUGCUCUGAAGGCUCCAGGUCAGAGCAGAGGAUUUCUAAGUGCAGUUCCUCAGCCAGUGCACAGUAAUCGCAGGAUCACUGUUUUUGAUGAAAAUGCUGAUAGUUCGUCCAGACUGGAGUUCUCUAAGCCUAUAGCCCAGCCAUGGAUGGCGCCCCCUGUGCCUAGGGCCAAAGAGAAUGAGCUUCAGCCAGGCCCGUGGAACACAGACAGGCCCGUGGAACGUACGCCUCAUGGCAAUUCCGCCUCUGUGAUGUCUGUACCCAGUGUGCUUCCCAACUUUACUCCGUAUGUGGAAGAGAGCGCCCAGCAGACAGUAAUGACACCCUGUAAAAUUGAACCUAGUAUCAACCACAUUCUCAGCACCAGAAAGCCAGGGAGAGAGGAAGGAGACCCGUUGCAGAGAGUUCAGAGUCAUCAGCAAGGGUGUGAGGAGAAGAAGGAGAAGGAGAAGAUGAUGUACUGUAAGGAGAAGAUUUAUGCCGGGGUCGGGGAGUUCUCCUUUGAGGAGAUCCGAGCUGAGGUGUUCCGGAAGAAGCUGACAGAGCGAAGGGAAGCUGAACUGUUGACCAGUGCAAAGAAGAGGGAAGAAAUGCAGAAGCAGAUUGAAGAGAUGGAGAGGAAGCUGAAAGCAAUCCAGACUGUUCAGCAAGAAAGAGCUGGCAACCAGCAAGAAGAGAAGAUGCUUACAAAGGACCCAGCCAGAUUGCAGAUUACUUCAGAGUCUCAGGAAAUGUCGGGAAUGCCUCCGUCCUGUCCUCUAAGCUCGAAUUCUAGGGAAAUUUCACCUGUUGGAAAUAUUUUUCAAGAACAUCCUGACUCUAAAGGUCCCAGUAUGCCUUUCUCCAUUUUUGAUGAGUCUCUUGCAGACACAAAGGACAAAAGUCCUGCUAUAGAUGGUCCACAGGUUCUCAAUGCCCAGCGAAGACCCCUCACAGUUCUCAAGACUACAGAAGUCAUCACCGCAAAUGAGGUUGUGUCUCCCGAUGUUUGUGAUGAACUUACUGACAUUGAGCCUUUGAGUGAAGAUGCCAUCAUCACCGGAUUCAGGAACGUGACUCUUUGUCUCAACCCUGAGGACACUUGUGACUUUGCUAGGGCAGCUCCUUUGGCAUCCACCCCUUUCCAUGAGCUACUGUCCUUGAAGGGCAUCGCUUCUGAUCCUGAGGGACUGUUGCAGGAGGAGGAUCUGGAUGGGAAGGCCACUGAGGGUCAUCACACUGUUCAUCACCCAGCCCUCAGCGUGAAGAAGCUGAGCCCAAUUAUUGAAGACAGCCGUGAGGCCACCCACUCGUCCGGCUAUUCCAGGUCUUCUUCCUCAGUUACCAGUACGUCCUCCAUCAAAGGCUUUCAGGUGCUGGAAAAGCUGGAGCUGACUAAUGACGCAGCAGAAAAUGCUAUUCAGUCACCCUGGUGUUCACAGUAUCGCCUACAACUGUUAAAAUCCCUACCAGAGUUAAGUGCUUUUGUAGAGUUUUCUAUGGAAGAUAGACCGAUGCCUAUGCUGGAGAUUGGGAAAGAAAUUGAGUUAGGUCAUGAAGAUUACUGCAUCAAGCAGGAGCACCUGACAUGUGAAGAUUACACAUUAUUCUGGGUGGCACCAAGAAACUCUGCAGAGCUAACCAUGAUAAAGGCAUCUCCUCAGCCUAUCCCAUGGGACUUUUAUAUUAACCUCAAGUUAAAGGAGCGUCUGAAUGAGGACUGUGACCAGCUUUGCAACUGCUGUCAGUACCAAGAUGGCCAUGUCAUUUGGUACCAGUAUAUAAACUGUUCCACCCUUCAGGAUCUUCUCCAACACAGUGAAUUUGUUACUCAUGAAAUAAUAGUGCUGAUUAUUUAUAACCUUUUGACAAUAGUGGAGAAGCUACACAAAGCUGAGGUAGUGCAUGGAGACUUGAGUCCAAGGAGCCUGAUCCUAAGGAACAGAAUCCACGACCCCUAUGACUAUAUAAAUAAGGACGACCAUGCUGUGAGGAUCGUGGACUUCUCCUACAGUGUUGACAUGAGGGUGCAGUUGGAUGCAUUUGCCUAUAGUGGCUUUAGGACUGCACAGAUCCUGGAAGGACAAAAGAUUCUGGCUAACUGUUCUUCUCCCUACCAGGUGGAUCUGUUGGGUAUAGCGGACCUAGCACACUUGCUGUUGUUCAGGGAACACCUUCAUGUCUUCUGGGAUGGGCUCCUCUGGAAACUUAGCCAAAAUACCUCUGAACUAAAGGACGGUGAACUGUGGAAUAAAUUCUUUGUGCGGAUUCUGAAUGCCGGUGACAAGUCCACAGUGUCUGUUCUGAGAGAACUUGCCGCAGAAAUGAGUGGGGCUUUUGAUCCCACAUUCCACAGCCACCUGAACAAAGCCCUGUGGAAGUUGGGGAAGGUAAUUAGUCUGGAAGCUUUGCUCAUUCAGGAAGACAAGCAGUCAAGUCUCUCCCAGAACCCUGCCUAAGCCAUGGCUGCACUGUGAAAAUCCGGUCUGGAGCUGCUAUGCUUUGCUUUAGAGCACGGUUAGACGCAGUAGCAGCCUGUCAGCAGAGGGUCACUCUCGGUAGCACAGCUUCUAACAGAUGGCUGUGCUCUGGCAGCCUCAUCUGCGUUAUUCAAAAGCGAUUCCAUACAAACAGCUACUUUUUAACCUCUGGUUUCUGCCUUUUCUCUUUUGUAAUUUUGUUUUGUGUACUCUC